AUGGGCACACUGCCCUCCCCUAGAGAGGCGCGCCAAUUUCUCACCAGGUUCUCCCUGCCCGCGGCAGUUCUUCCUCAAACAACAUCGGUAUCAUCGGCUCAAUUGAUACCAGGGACAACACGCACGGCAACCGCGGGAACAACAGGAGUGGCUGCAUUGCAGGCGUCAGGAACAGCAAUAGCAACAACCAGCCAGAACUUCGUCGACACUCUCAAUUGGCCCACAGAUCAUCUCGCCCUGAUUAAGUUGGAAGGGCCUUUUGAAAAGGACAGUUUAAAGGCGAUUGCCAACACUCUUGUGCAGCUUCAGCGUCUCGGUCUUAUGAGUGUGAUCAUGCUGGAUAAUCAAAGUUGGUGGCGAAAUCAGAGCGUGCCCCUGAGCGAGUCCCUGGCGUCUGAGGUUGAACAGCAAUCUGUCGAAACCAGGAAACGAAUGAUGAAAGAUAUGACGGAAGUCGUAGAGGAGAUUGAGUUGUGCGGAGGCAAAGCUCGUCCCGUCUACGAGGGUGUCUUUGAAGGCAUGGAUCAUCACCAUUUCGAUCAAACGGAUCGGAUAGCAGGGCAACUCGGCAGUGAGGAGAUCGUGAUCCGUCCAGGCUUGCAACCUAUUCAAUCCUGUUUAAAGCUGCAGCAGAUUCCAGUUAUGAUCCCGAUGGCCGCUACUGCACAAUGUCAACGAAUCCCUGUCCAGAGCAACAAGGCCUUAGUCGCGCUCGCAAAGCACAUGGGAAGCACCGCUGGAGAGUACCAUCAGUCGUUGGUACCCAUGCGCCUGAUUGUCAUCAACACCACAGGAGGUAUCCCUCUUACACGUACCAAAGGCAUCCAGGGCCCAACACAUUGCUUUGUAAACCUUAAGGACGAGUACAGCACCAUCAUUGACGAUCUGGACAACAUGGACCAUCUUCCAGAGCAGCUCGCCCAAUCCUACCGAUCAGAUCUAGACAUGAUCAAGGAAUGUUUGGAGUACUUGCCACCAACUUGCUCGGCGCUAGUGACCUCGUCACCUUCGCUUACGCUCAUCACCAACCUAAUCACAGACAAGCCCUUGUUUUCGUCCACCAUGAGAGGACAGGAUCCCAAGGUAAUGCUAGCCACGACCGUUCUGCGCAAUGGCUUGGAUAUCUUUACGUUUCGCAGCAGCCUUGAAGGGUUAGAUCUAAAGCGACUGCAGGGCCUGUUGGAAUCGAGCUUUGGUAAACCCCUGGACGCAGAAGGUUUCUAUGCUCGAAUCAAGGAUACGACAAAAACGGUUAUCUUGGCCGGCCAGGACUAUAUGGGUGCCGCAAUUGUCACGCGUGAAGGAGGCGAUGUUCGGAGGUCAGGAGACGAAAGACGCACCUUGGCCAGUGUGGCCUACCUUGACAAGUUUUCGGUGGCGCCAAAGAGUCAGGGCAUUGGCGUUGCAGACAUUUUGUGGAAGAAGUUGACGGACGAGUUUUCAGAUUUGGUCUGGCGCAGCCGAUCUGAUAACCCUGUCAACAAAUGGUAUUUUGACCGUGCGGAUGGAAAUAUCAAGAUCCCAGGGACAAAUUGGACGGUGUUCUGGUAUGGCCCCAAGGGUUUAGGGCUGAUCCGGGACUAUAUCCAGAUCUGUCGCGACAUCCCAGCCUCGUUCCACGCUAUCCAGGCUCCAAAAAAGUAG